GGAGUGAGUGUGAGGGAGAAUAGAGUCAGGGAGUGAUUAUGUGAGGGAGUGAGUGUGUGAGGGAGAGAGAGAGAGAGUCAGGGGUUGGGUGUGAGGGAGAGAGUUAGAGGAGUGUCAGGUGCAGAGUAAUCCUAAUAGGGUAGAGUGAGGGGCAGAUUAGAGUUCAGUGAAGAGUCAGAUUGGGGAGAAAGAGGGUUUAGGCUUUUGUUGGAAACAAGUGAGAAGCUGUCACUGCUGGGGGAGAGAGUGUGUAAGGGGAGAGUGAGGCGCCCAUAGAGAGUUACUAGGAAUGAGGGACAGCACUGAGGGAAUAAGAGAUACUUACUGUACUUGCAGGUUGGUAGGGACAGUGCUGGCUAAGGAUGUGCAGUGAGGGUUCCUCCUGAUAGAAACUGAGUGAGAGGAGCUGCCACAAACGAGAUCCCGGCCAUGUCUCUGACCCCUCCUAACAGCAGUGAUGCCUGUCUCAGCAUCGUACACAGUCUCAUGUGCCACCGGCAGGGGGGGGAGAACGAGGGCUUUGCCAAGAGAGCCAUUGAGAGUCUCGUCAAGAAACUGAAGGAGAAGAAAGACGAGCUGGACUCCCUCAUCACUGCCAUUACUACUAAUGGAGUGCACCCCAGCAAGUGCGUUACCAUCCAGCGAACCUUGGACGGGAGGCUUCAGGUAGCCGGCCGUAAAGGUUUCCCGCAUGUGAUCUACGCUCGCUUGUGGCGCUGGCCGGAUCUGCACAAGAAUGAGCUGAAACACGUUAAGUUCUGCCAGUUUGCCUUCGACCUGAAGUAUGACAGCGUGUGUGUGAACCCCUAUCACUACGAGCGGGUGGUUUCUCCCGGCAUUGGUCUGAGUAUCCCUAGCACUGCAACCACUCCGUGCCGAUCAGUGAAAGAGGAGUAUGUCCAUGAGUGUGAAAUGGAAGCAUCUUCAUGUCUCCCAGCAUCCCAGGAACUUCCACCAGCCAUCAAACAUGCCCCCCUUCCACCAAUGCCUCCUACAGAUCCUUAUCGGCAGCCACUGCCCCCACUCACCCUACCCACGAGCCCACAGACUGCUAUCAGCAUGUAUUCCAAUAUGCCUCAUUCUCCCGCUGUGGCUCCUGGAUGCCCUCUAGUACCCAUGCAUGGUGAGGGUUUACUACAGAUAGCUCCAUCCCAUCCUCAGCAAAUGGUGUCCACAUCUCCUCCUUCCACACCGAGCCAGAACUCCCAUAAAAAUGGCUAUCCUUCCCCCUCAAAGCAGCCUUUCCAUGCUGCGUGGACGGGGAGCAGCACAGCCGUAUAUACCCCGAACCCUGGGGGACAGCAGAAUGGUAGAGGAAACCAGCAACCUCCACUUCAUCACCCAAACAACUACUGGCCCCUUCACCAGAGCUCCCCUCAGUAUCAGCACCCCGUUUCCAACCACCCAGGCCCAGAGUUCUGGUGCUCCGUUGCCUAUUUCGAGAUGGAUGUUCAAGUUGGAGAGAUAUUUAAAGUGCUAUCUAAUUGUUCCGUGGUCACAGUGGAUGGUUAUGUGGACCCCUCUGGUGGGGAUCGGUUUUGCCUUGGUCAGCUUUCUAACGUGCAUCGGACAGACACUAGUGAGCGUGCAAGGCUUCACAUUGGAAAGGGAGUGCAGCUUGAGUGUCGGGGCGAGGGAGACGUAUGGAUGAGGUGCCUCAGUGAUCACGCAGUGUUUGUCCAGAGUUAUUAUUUGGACAGGGAAGCAGGACGAGCGCCAGGGGAUGCAGUGCACAAGAUUUAUCCGGGCGCCUACAUUAAGGUGUUUGACUUACGACAGUGUCAUCGGCAGAUGCAGCAGCAGGCGGCUACGGCUCAAGCAGCGGCUGCAGCCCAGGCGGCGGCUGUAGCCGGCACAAUCCCUGGUCCCGGGUCAGUGGGGGGCAUCGCUCCUGCUGUCAGCUUAUCUGCUGCGGCCGGUAUCGGGGUGGAUGACCUACGGCGACUCUGUAUCUUGCGCCUUAGUUUUGUAAAGGGGUGGGGUCCCGAUUACCCUCGGCAGAGCAUCAAGCAGACCCCCUGCUGGAUCGAGGUCCAUCUUCAUCGAGCCCUGCAGCUUUUGGAUGAAGUUCUCCAUACGUUGCCAAUGGCAGACCCCAGUUCUGUCAACUAACCAAUGGCAGACCCUGAGAUCUGUUAGAUUGCCACAGGCAGACUGACAACUGUAAACUACCAAAGCCAGGAUGAGGCACGACCCAGAUAAGAGGCCAAAAUGAAGACUUCACCCAGUCAAAAACAAGCCGGCCAAUCACAUUUGUUAGCAAAAGACAGACGUUUGCUAUGGACCUGCUCGCCAAACCAUUGGGCAACCUCUGUGACUUCCUUCAGAUCUUCCUGCUGAUCAGUGGAACCAGUUGGACAAUAGUUGUUUGGAUCAAGCCCGAGGCACAGAACUCCCCCCAGUGGAGCUGCACAGGAGAAGUGACUUUGGGUGAAGUACAUGAACUGUUUUUAUAGCUGAAAUGCAUUAAAUAUUCCUUAUUUUUUUGGUCAGAAGAAUAUUUUUGGUCUGAUAUUUAGCACUUGGCUCUUUAGUGCCGGGACAGACACUCAACAUGCGGUUUCCCUGGCAUAAAGGCUAAAUAAAUGCAGAUAUAUAUAAAUGCUUUUUAUGUGCUGUUUAAAUGAUGUGGCUACCUCAGUCCCCGCCUGAGUUCCUUGUCUCACUGCCCCCCCAUCCAUUCCGAUCCCUUUAGCCCCCAUUCCUCCUCCCUUCCCCCUUCAUUGGUACUAACACACCUAUUGUAAGAGACAGGCAGGUUUUGCUGGUUUACACAGUGCACACGUUCUACGCUGCUUUCCAAAGCUUGGGGAGAUAUUUGCUAUCUUUUCCUGUCAGUUUUCAGCAGCUGAUUUUUGUUUUUCUAUUAUUGUGGUAUCAUUUCUAGGCCAAAUGUGUACAAAUACUACCAAAAACCACAGCCGUGUGUGUGCAAAGGUUUCUUAUCACAUGUUAAGAACCUGUCAAAUAGCUUCUGAUGUAUUCUAAAUAAAAUUCUGCUGCUUGGGUUGG